UUCCCACCUCCAUUGCUCAUAUCCAUCAACGAGGUUUACACUCUUUAGAAGCUCGGUUCAUCCACAUAGACAAACUCAUUGAUACAUACUUUGACAUCAAAUCACCCUCACAAUGAUUUAUACUACUGCCGACCUCACUAAACAUAACACCAAGGAGAGUCUUUUCUUGGCCAUGCACGGCAAGGUCUAUGAUGUUACCGAAUUCCUUGAUGAGCAUCCCGGUGGAGAAGAAGUGAUGCUGGAUGAGGCUGGUCAUGAUGCCACCGAUGCCUUUGAUGAUAUUGGACAUUCGGAUGAGGCUCGUGAAUUGAUGGCCAAGUAUUGUAUCGGAGAACUCGAGAGCGAUGGUUCUGAACCAAAGCCCAAGCCCUACAGAGCCCCUCCCAAGCCCAAGAAUGUUCCUGCACCAGCCGAUUCAAGCAGUAAAAUUCAAUAUGUCCUCGCGUUGGCUGUUGUUGCUGGAUGUGUUGUCUGGAAAGUCUUGAUGUAAAGGAAAGAAGAAAAAAAAACAAUAGAAAGAAAACCAGGUUGCAACAAGGCAGUGUAUUCACUAAAUUUGUUUCACCACCCAUGUAGUCAUGUAGUUAUUUCCUGCAAUUCCUCCCAACAAAAAAAGAUAAAAAAAAGAUAAAAAAAAAUAAAAUAAAAUAAAGGUUGUAUACAAG